AUGGGUUCCGACGACGCCAAAAACAAGUAUGUCGGCGCAGCGCUUGCCGCAGUCAUGCCCGUAGACGACAAACCUUGGUAUAGAAAGCCCAAUAUGGUCUAUCUCAACUUCUGCCUCUUCAGUCUUUUGCUUCUAUCUUCUGGAAACGGCUUCGACGGGUCGAUGUUGAACGGCCUCCUCGCUCUUCCACGGUGGAUGGAGUUUAUGGACCAUCCGACCGGCUCCUGGCUCGGAUUCAUCUCCGGUGGUUCCAAUCUGGGAUCGAUAUUUCUGUUUCCCAUCAUCGCGUGGGCUUCCAACAAAUUCGGUCGCAAGCGAACCAUCUUUGUGGGACACAUCAUUCUUACUGUGGGCGUGGGUUUACAGACGGGAGCUACCAAUCCCGCCAUGUUCGUGAUAGCUCGUAUCGUCGUAGGAGCUGCUUCGGCAUGCUUUGGUGGCUGUACCCCUCUCUUGAUGACGGAAACUGCAUACCCUGUCCAUCGAGGUAUUCUCACAGGUCUCUACAUGUGUGGCUGGUAUGUCGGAUCCUUCUUGGCUGCGUGGGCCACAUUCGGAACACGAAACUAUGCCAGUGACUGGUGCUGGCGCAUUCCCUCCGUUCUUCAAAUGGUUCUUCCAGUCUUGGCUUUGCCAGGACUAUUCCUAAUCCCCGAAUCUCCCAGGUACUUGAUCUCGAUCGAGCGUCACGAGGAAGCUCGCGCUUUUCUGGUGAAAUAUCACGCCGAAGGGGACGAGUCCUCAGCUCUGGCUGCCUUUGAGUAUGAAGAGAUUAACAGGAACAUCCAAAUGGAGCGCGAAUUUGCAAAAACUACUUCGUACAAACAGAUGUUGGCCACCCGUCCAAACCGCAAGCGAACGUUCAUCACGUUGUUCGUAGGCAUCUUUUCGCAGUGGUGUGGCCAGAAUGUCGCAGGCUACUACCUAUCUCCUGUUCUCAGAAGUAUUGGUGUUGAGACCGUCACGAAGCAGACCCUCAUCAAUGGCUUCUUGCAAGUCUGGAAUCUGAUGUGUGCGCUGACUGGAGCUUUCAACGUCGACAGAGUGGGACGACGAUUCCUGUUCUUAGCCGCAACCGGGGGCAUGCUCGUUUCCUAUAUCUUGAUCACCGCUCUCGCGGCGACAUUCGCUGAAGGCGGCUCGAAAGCUGUCGGCACGGCAGUCAUCCCUUUCCUGUUCCUGAUGUACGGGUGCUAUUCUCUGGCCUUUACACCCCUCAUGGUGGCAUACCCGGUAGAGAUCUGGCCUUACCAGCUUCGUUCGAGAGGUCUCGCCACGAUGUGGGUGUCGUCCGCCGUCGCCGUCUUCUUCAACAUCUUCGUUAACCCGAUUGCUCUCGAGGACAUCCAAUGGAGAUACUACCUGAUCUUCGUCUUUGUCCUCGCUGGCGGUGGCAUAGUCAUCUACUUCGUCUUCCCGGAAACCCGGGGCCAUAGCUUGGAGGAGAUGGCUCGCGUUUUCGGUGACGAGGAUGCCAUGGGUUCGUCUGAGGACUCACUCGCAGAGAAAUUGGCGACCGAGGAUCGGUCAGAACACCUUGAUGAUGUCCAUACCCCUUCUGAGAAGGCAGCAUAG